AUGGCUAGCACCUGCCCUAUUUGUAAACAAGAGGCUUCUGCUGACGGAGCGAAUGUACGCUGUCACGGCUGUGGCAGUGAUUUACAUCAUAAAUGUGCUGGCAUCACGGAGUCAUCAUACAAGUCGAUGGGCAUGAACAGAAAGAUGGCCUGGAAAUGCAGCGGCUGUAAAGCAGACAACAGGAGUGGUUCAAGUGACAAGAGAAACUUGAGUUUGAGUGCUGGCGAGCAAGACCUGACAGCGGCUACCAUACUUGAGCUCAAGAAUAUCGUCUUGGAAAUGAAAAACGAUCUGAAUGAAAGCAUUAAAGGGCAACAAUUUGUGAGUCUGGAGUAUGAGGACAUGAAAAAGCAGAUCGUGGAGUUAGUCCAGGAGGUGAAAUCACUGAAAAAUGAAGUGAGUGAUCUGUUGAACAAGUGCGCCGAGAAGGAUGAAAUAAUUUUGAGGCAGGAAGAGAGAAUCCAAGAUCUAGAAAACCACUCCAGAAACAGAAACAUUGUGUUAUCAGGUGUGGUUGAAAAAAAUGGUGAAAAAGUGGAGGACAUUGUGUGCAGAGUGUGUGAGCAUCUCGAUGUGCACAUUGAGAAGACUGACAUCGAAGCAGCUCACAGAAUUCCUACGCAACGCCCUGGGGUCCCAAAACCAAUAGUGGUGGAACUGCGGUCACGCAAGAUCAGGGAAGAAAUACUGAGAAAAAAGAAGCAAAAGGAAGUGUUCAACGAUGUGAUCUACUCUGGUGAAGGUGGCAAGGUAUUCAUCAUGGAGCAAGUUUCGCCGAAAAUUGGGUAUCUAAAGUACAAAGCCAAACAAUUAGCAAAUAGACAUAACUGGAAAUUUGUCUGGAUCAAAAAUGGAAAACUGUUUGCUAGGAAAGGUGAAAACUCUCCAGUUGUGAAGAUUGUGACGGAGGAAAACCUCGAAGCAAUAAGGUAA